AGACAGCCAUUCAUCUGCCAACUACUGCUGGUGUUAGGCCGGUGUCCUGCUACUAAGAUGGCGGCUCCCCUGGUGUUGGUGCUUCUAGUGGCCGUGACAGUUCGGGCCGUGUUAUACCGCUCCAGUCUGGCCGCGCUCAUCUCUGAGAGAGUGGAGGUGGCCUCUCCUUUAAAUGCCUGGAAGCGAGUGGUGGAAGGGCUUGCCUUGCUUGACUUGGGCGUUUCUCCAUAUUCAGGAGAUAUUUUUCAUGAAACUCCAUUAACAAUAUACCUUUUUCAUUUUCUGAUUGAUUAUGCUGAGCUAGUAUUUAUGAUAACAGAUGUCUUGACUGCUAUAGCUCUCUAUUUGGCUAUUCAAGAUUACAACAAAGUUCUGUUUAAAAAGCAAAAACUCCUAAUAGAAUUGGAUAAAUAUGCACCUGAUUCAGCUGAGCUUAUCCUGACUCCCAUGUCCAUGUACUAUAUUCCUCUCAAGGUAGCACUGUUCUAUCUCUUAAAUCCAUACUCUGUGAUGUCUUGUGUUGCAAAAUCGACUUGUGCCAUCAAUAAUACUAUAAUCUCAUUCUUCAUUUUGGCAACAAUAAAAGGCAGUACCUUUCUAAGUGCUGUAUUUCUGGCCUUAGCAACAUACCAGUCCCUAUACCCUCUUACUUUGUUUGCACCAGCUCUUUUGUAUUUAUUACAGCGUCAGUUCAUACCAGUGAAAAUAAAAAACAAAGACUUCUGGUUUUAUACUGUGCAAUAUGCUGGGCUAUAUUUGGGGAGUCUGAUCGUGAUCAUUUGUCUCUCAUUCUUCCUUCUCAACUCGUGGGACUUCAUCCCAUCUGUUUAUGGCUUCAUCCUCUCCGUUCCAGACUUGACACCCAAUGUUGGCCUCUUCUGGUAUUUCUUCGCUGAACUGUUUGAGCACUUCAGCCUCUUUUUUGUGUGCGUCUUUCAGAUCAACGUUUUUUUCUACACCAUUCCCUUGUCAAUUAAACUGAAGGAACACCCCAUGUUCUUCAUGUUUGUUCAACUUGCUAUCAUUUCCAUCUUCAAAUCCUAUCCGACUGUAGGUGAUAUUGCUCUUUACAUGGCCUUCCUUCCACUCUGGAACCACCUUUCUCAAUUCCUACACAAUGUCUUCAUCAUUUCCUGUAUGCUCAUUGUCUGCUCCCUGCUCUUCCCGGUUUUAUGGCAUCUCUGGAUUUAUGCAGGAAGUGCAAACUCCAAUUUUUAUUAUGCCAUCACACUGACAUUCAACGUAGGACAGAUCAUGCUCAUCUCAAAUUAUUUCUACGCUUUCCUGCAGAGAGAGUACUACCUCACUCAUGGACUUAACUUAAUAAGAAAAGACAGGACAGACCCCAUCCUGGUUCUCAAAUAAAGCUGGCAACGUGAUGUGACUUGGGGAAGAGACUCCUGUGAAAAAUAAGCAACUCUUGGGUGGGUGGGUUGGACUUUUGAGAAGUUACAUUUUUUGCUUAUGGAAAAAGGGUUGCAAUUGACAGAGAGUAGUCUAAUGGAUGCUGGUAUGGAGAUUGGUCAAGGAGCAUGUGGACAGGUUGAGGAGCUGUGGUCCACAACCCCAUUUGAAGCUUCCUACUACUACUUUAGUGUUGCUGUUAGCCAACUGAUAACUCCUGGAUGAUUUAUCAGAAUGUGGUGAAAUGCAUUUGGACUGAAACCACAAUGGGCCCUGGCACCCAGAAAAAGACAAGACCAUAGUUGAUUAUUAUAACUUUUGCUUGAAAUUGUCUCUUUCAGGAAAGGAAUAGCUUCAAUUAGCCUUUAUUUGUUUCUCUUUGCCAUGCUCUUUCCACUGCUUGAAUCAGCAGCUCACUUGCCUGAUGUAAAGUGAUUCUUGGAGAACAGCAAGCUACUAUUACACAUUGGACCCUUUUUCUUUUUGCACUAAUGUUAGAACUUGGAAAGCCUUGGAUAUGCUACUACAGUUUUCUGCUCUAUGCGAAUGGCUGAUUUUCAGAGUGGAAAUCACAACAGAACCCACCCAUGAAGGCAUGGAGAGUUCCAGAUUCUCAAAUACAUGGCAGAGGGUUGUUAGGAUGGGAUCAGCAGGUGAAUUGAACUUACUCCCUUUUUCUUAAGGAAAGACACUGAUCAUAAACGUGGAGCUGGGUCAUAUGUGUAUGGCUUUAAAAAAAAGAAAUGAAGAGAAACAGAGGACCUCUUAUGGGUAGACUCCCUAAUGAAUCCAGCUUUUAAGUACAAAGGAAAAUGUCUCUAGCCUUCAAACUGUCCUUUUGUUUUGGAAGUAUGGUACUACAUGUCCUCAGAUCUCUAGGAUUUGGUAACAAAUGGCCACAAGCACAAAAGCUUUAAGUUCUCUCCAAGUGGAAACACCAUUUUUCCAUUGGAUGUUUGGGCCUUUCAGUAGUUAUACAGUACCAGUACAAACUCACAGUAUUACUCUUUGGAAGAAGAACCAGUAAAAAGUUGGUAUAUUAGAAAAUUGGCAGUGCAGAAAAAUGGCUACCCCAUCCCACCCACUUCCAGUGCUGUGUGUUCUGUUAGAUCUCUUUCCUUCUGUAACCAAGAUACAGAUAUUUUGGUUUGGUGAUGGCUGCUAUUUUUAAUUCUUCUUAUCCAGCACGUUUAUAGCUGGCAUCUUUUUCUCACUUACAUUUUACCUGCAAGGUGGUUCUCCCAGAAGGUGCUCAAACUGGGACUAGCAAAGCAUCUAGGAGAAGCUCGCCUAUAAUCCAGUUCACCAUUUGAUCUGUGAGCAGAACCAACAAGAUUCGUACCCACUGAAUUCCCAGUUGUGUGUCUUCUGCCAUUUUUUUAAAGUGCAAAGCCAUUCCGCCAGAUUAUAAUCACUUUUAUCUUACGUUAUAUUUCAUACAAAGCAAUCUUUUGCAAGGGAAUUUUAAAAAAUAAAGAAAAAUCCCACUGUAUUGAACUAAAAGUAAUGAUUUGUAUAGCAGAUAUGUAAACUUUUGUGUUUUUUAUCUAAAGAGGGCAUCACAUGCUGUUCCUUAAGGAAUUAUAUAAAGAGGGCUAUUCUUGAGAGGGAGUUGGAAAGGCCAGGAGAGAUAAGCUGCCUUUCAGCAAAAAGUUAUACUGAGUAGUACGAGGCUUCUGAGUAGAAUAAUUCUUGUGCUGGCACCUCAUAUUCAUUCAAUAUCUGUUAGAGCUUGCCAUUCCCAAUAUCUCACCUGUGAAUGGGACGGUGAAUUGAAGGAAGGUGUUUCAGUCUUCAGCUGCCACUGGGUGGUACAUACCUACUGUGGUAUAGUGAAUAGAGCGCUAGGCUAGGACUCAAGAGUCUUGGGUUCGAAUUCCUGCUUUACCAUGGAAACUCAGCAGGUGUGGAACUGGAACAUCAUUCCUUAAAUAGGUCACUUAAAUGCCCUGUUAGGAUUGCUAUUGGUUGGUUCCAGUUUGACAGCAUAUGGUGUACAAACAGAAGCUUUACAUGUGUCCAGGAACUAGUGCAGCGAAUACACUCGGAUCUCUCCACUUCUUCCAUAUGCAACCUCUGCACAUAUAUUCAGUUGUAUGAACUGUGGUUUCACAGUGGUGCCUGUUUUGUUUUGUGUGUAUGUGUGGGUUUUUUUAAAAGAGUGUUUUAUCAUUAUGAAGUCUGAAGACUGUAUUUAUCAUGAAAUCAAGAGCAUUUGAGCUGCACAAGGUUUGGUGUAAAGACUUCUGAUGUAGGAUGACCAAGUAAUACAGUCGUAAAAAGACAGAUAUAGGUGCUUAUCAUCAGUGUGUGUCAUAAAUGCUGUUGCAUCCCAGCAAAGGAUUUUGUUUUCCUUUUGAUAGUUUAUAGUUAUUUUAUGUUUUUGUUUUGUUUUAUUGUUUUGCAUUGUAUUUAAGUUAAGGAUUGAAAUUGUAUUCUUUUUGUUGAUUUGGAGAAAACCUUUGAUGUCAAGGUUCCCACUUCCAUUAGCCAUUCGCUAGGGACGGAUGUUGCAAUGUAGGACUGCCUUCCCUUGGCAGAACCUAAUUUCCCAGAGAAAAAGUGCUGUUGCCAGAAUCACUGGGCUGAAACAGUAGAAGAUAGUAGAUAGCAGGAAAGGGGUGUUAUAUGUGAAUGCUGAAUGUGUUAAUGGAGUGCUUUGGAUCUGCUACUUGUGUGAAUAAGUGAGGGGAAGAGAAGAGGUGAGUUUUCUGUGCAUUUAAUUUUUGUUUGACUUGUGUCUGGCUUGGGUCACUUACGUUAAUGCUUUUCACUGCUGUAUCCACUUUUUUAUGGUCUUUGAGAAAAGUGGACUAUGUUACAAGGAUAGCAUAAGCCCCUUGGGGUUUUUCUUGUCACGGUCUAUAAAUAAGCAACUAAAUGAAAGGAAUAUGGCGUAAUAGUGUUAUACUGUGGGUUUCCCUCUUGCCAUCAGUAGCAGCCAGUGAGGUGGAACAAGGAUGGAAAACUCACGGCAUGACACCAUGUUAUAUAUUAAGUAUCUCUAGAUAUUAAUGGUGAGGAGGACCAACAGAGAAAGAACUGCUGCUGAGUUGGGCUGCGGUCCUAUGUCUGCCAUGGUGCAUAGUUCCACCCAGCAGUAAAGGUGCAAAACUGAGCUGUUAAGAUACUCUUUUAGUAAGGGAUUGUCCAAGACGGCAAUCCAGAGGAGCAUAAUGGAUGGUAUGUAUCUGAGAUAACCCAAAGCUAAUAGAAUGUCUCUAUAGAAAGAAGAGUUUCUUUUGGCUUGCAAAAUGGCCAUCUCAUCCCAAGUCUGAACAUGUGCCUGUAAUGGAGGGAACUCGGUAUCAAGGCAGCAAAGUUACUCUGAUCUGGAAAAUACAAUUCAUUUCCUUACAGACGGGGCCACUCUUUCACUUGUGUCGUUUCCUCUGCUUUUUGUUCUCUCCCCCUUGCCCCCGCCCCAUAUUGUACACACCACAAGAACCAGCCCCCCCCCAUUCUUGUAGGUGAAUUAUUCUGUUUAUGACUAGGGUUGGGGAGCAGGAUGGUCAUGGAGAAAGAGUGUUAACUUCAGUGGUGUUUAUACACAUGUAUAUGUAGUUUACUGGAAACUGGCAGGUGGCUUGUGUGCCCAUGUAGCAGUUAGAUGCUAAGGAUAGUCUAGGGCACUCAGAGUGGGAUAAAACCCUUUAGCUGAGUGUAAUUAAUGUAACAUAAUCUUUCUCUGCCUUAGCUCAGCUGUGUCCUGAUUCCAGCAUUUUCCCCACCCCCAUUUUCAUCCUCUUAAAUCCUAAUCUGGGUUGGCAUGCAGAAGGCCUGGAGUUGCAGCAUCAUGGCACUGAGUGGUUGCCAUGGCAUCAGCCAUUUUAUUUUCCAUGUGACUGAAGGGCAUUGGUGUGUAAGAUAAUAGAGGCAUCUCUUGUCGCUAUUCCUCCCCAUGCUGAUCGCCUAGCUGUGGCAGCCAUUUGGGAAUGUACACACCAAUUGCUUAGUAGGCUGUGCUGUGAAAAUGAAAGGACGGGGCUGCGUCUCAGCUAUGAAGUGAGAAAUGUUCUUGUUCAAGAAAAGGAUGUCCUUCCUAGAUUGUGGCCAGUUAAAUCAGUUAAAAAAAACUAUGUCUGCUAUGGAAGCCUCAUGCAUUCAAUAGGGUUGUAAUAUGUGUUCUAGGCUGAAAUGCAGAGUUUGUAUAGGUAUCAGCUUGGUUCCUUUGCAAAAUAUGUAUCUGUUAAUACGUACCAGCCUUCUUGUGAAGGAAUAUAGAGAAAGAGUCCAAUAAAAUCUAGCAUUUCUUACUACAUGGUUUAAAAGCUAAGGCAGGAUUAUCUCUACAACAAAACUAACAUACUAUCCAAAAGAAAUUUGGAUCCAGAAUGCUUACAACGUCUUUUCUUUUUUGUGAUACGUGUGGUUUCUGUUACCUGAAAUCCUUGGUGAGCUGAGUUUGAAGAGAAAAAGAUACAUGAAUGGUACUAGAAUGAUUUAUUUAAGAGGACACUGUUCUAAUAUGAAAUAAUUUUCUACAGAUGUUAGGAUCUACAUAGCAUAGAAGGUUGUCAGAAUAUAAAGCUACGAGUUGUGAAUAGAUCUGUGCCAGCAGCAUCUGUGGCAAAGUGGCUUCUGCCAAACUCACCAUAAAGCACAUGAGCAGAGCUGUUCUCACAGAAACAAAGGCAUGGUUGAACCAUAAAAGAGAGGAGUUGAUGCACUGGAAGUUUCUCCAAAGAAUAGCAUCAUUUCUCUGGCCAGUGGAUUAUUUGUUCUUAGGACGUCAAUAAUAAUAAUUUCACUACUUAAAACUGGUAGAAGCAUUGCCUUCAGCUGUUCAUUUGGUGCUGUGGAUAUUCCAUGGGUCUGACUAAGCAAAGAAGAAAACAACCCCCCUUGAAUUUGGUAUUUGGCACAAAAUUUAUCCGAUAAAUAGAAAAGGAAUCUCAGUAUUCAAAUUUUUUAAAAAGCAAGUUUCUAGCCCUUAUGCUUGCAUAGAGAGGCGUUGACAUGUGGGCAAUGCCUUGUGGUCAGAAAAGCUCAUGGGAUUUCCUGAUUGCUGGGACUCUGUCUUGCUUAUUAGCCUCUUCCAUUAUAGGCAAAAUCAGAAUUACUCAGAUAAUCAGUAAUUUUCACUGUUAAUACAGGGCACAGGAUAAUACUUGAGUCAUUUGUGCAAACAUUUUUCUCUUGUUGAGCUGAAUUAGACACACAGAGUUGUGAUGUUAAAGGUAAAUUAUAAGGAUGCUGGAGAAGUCUGUGAAGUCCAUGAAUGCUUGUGUCACAUAUUACAUUGCACUGCUUUCACGAUCAGAUUACUUAUGGCAGCUUUCUUUGGCAGCAGAGCUGAACUUUACAUUUAUCACCAUAUCUGUUACUGUAUUUCUCUCUUUGGAGAACACAAGGUCAGCCUUCUCCUUUGCCUUGCCGGGGUCUUGCUGACAUCAGAAUAACAAAUACCAUUGCUGUGUCUCUCCAGCCAUCCUCGUUAUCUUCAUACAGUAGCAAGAAAAUGUCUUUAAUUACAAAUCGUUAUCAAGACUGCUUAACUGCAUUGUGUGUGUUCCUUUGUGGGCAUCCUGAAAGGAGAGAAGCCAAUAUGAUCUUACCUAUUCAGAUGGUUUGAGAAUGCAGUCCCAUCCCCCAUUCCCGACACCACGCCCAUGGCAGCAGAGCAGCUGUGGAUAGGAUAUGUAAGCUGCAUAACUGAUGGCUACUAAAAUAGCUCCUGAUCUGAAUGUAAAAGCAAAUAUGGUGUGCAGAGGUUAAAAAGAAAUUAAUUCUUUGGAUAUCAAAUGCCUCUUAGAAGUCAAACACCAUUUCUUAGACAUUGUUUUCUGCUCCUGAAACCUUUGUUUGGAAAUCUGUAACACGGUCUCUGCUAUAAAGGCCAAAUGGAAGAAUACAGGGAUUUCUGCUUCUGCAGCUGCUGUAGAACCAACUUUAUUCAGCACAAUAAAAUGGUUCUCUUUUU